AUGUGCCGAAGAUUAAGUGAUCCAUAUUGUCGUCUGUCAGUGAUUGAUCAUGAUCCGUCUCAACCAAUUUCUUCUCUCGCUCCAUCUGACUCAGUUUUAUCUGCGAACCAUCCAAAACGUUCAUCAAGUCUUACACGUCAAAAACGUAUGCGUUGGAAAUCACAGAAAAAAUCUUCGACAUCAAAUUUAAAUUCAUAUGAAACCGAAAUCCGUCCACAAACAGUUGAACCUGAAUGGAAUGAACAAUUUGAAUUUGAGAUUGAAAAUGUAACGAAUCAAGUUCUUGUCAUAUCUGUUUUGGAUUCGGAUAGUAAAGGUACUGGUGUACGCAAUGUGCUGGUGGAAAAACGCGGCGUCAGGCAACAAUUCAAAGAUCUCUGUGAUUAUAUUAAAACAGGAACAAUUAGUAAUGGUUUUCUUGGUGAAGUUCGUUUGGAUAUCAAAUCACUUGCAAGUUUUGAUGGUGAAAAAUGGUUUCAGUUAACAGGACCAAGUGAAUAUCGUGGUAAUAAUCGUGGAGAAGUCUUACUCGUUUUAAAAAUUCAUUUUAAACUGGAGUUGAACAGCAUUCAGCAGACAUCUAUGAAUACAGACACAACUGGUAUAACUCAAUGGGAUAGAAAUGUUGAAGAUCGUGCUUUUGAAAUUGCUGGUGCAUUUUUAAAAUCUCGAUUAUAUGAAUGUGCAUUACGAGCUGCUUGUAGUCCAUUGCGUGUCCACGAAAAUGGACCAACGAGUUUUCGAUUGGCUGAACAUGUUAGAAAGUUAUUUGAUGUAAAUAUAAAUGAACACAGAGAAAAAUAUGAAAAAGAAACUCCUGUCAAGCCUUAUAUUUUAAUUGUGCAAGUUAAAAAGGCUAAAAAUUUAAUUGGUAAAGCUGCGAAUGGAUUAAGUGAUCCAUAUUGUCGUCUGUCAGUGAUUGAUCAUGAUCCGUCUCAACCAAUUUCUUCUCUCGCUCCAUCUGACUCAGUUUUAUCUGCGAGUACCAGUAUUGACACUUUCGAUCUUAUAAGUCAAUGUAAUAAAAAACUAUUACCUUGA